AUGGUGAACCUGAGCAAUGCGGUGCACACAUUCCUUGUGCACCUUAUCGGCCUAUUGGUUUGGCAAUUCGAUAUUUCCGUAAAUCCAGUAGCAGCUAUAGUAACUGACAUUUUUAAUUCCUCCGAUGGUGGACGCUUGUUUCAAUUCCCAGACGGGGUACAAAACUGGCCAGCACUUUCAAUCGUCGUGAUUAUAAUCAUGACAAUAGGGGGCAACAUUCUUGUAAUCAUGGCAGUAAGCAUGGAGAAGAAACUGCACAAUGCAACCAAUUACUUCUUAAUGUCCCUAGCCAUUGCUGAUAUGCUGGUGGGACUACUUGUCAUGCCCCUGUCUCUGCUUGCAAUUCUUUAUGAUUAUGUCUGGCCAUUACCUAGAUAUUUGUGCCCCGUCUGGAUCUCACUAGAUGUGCUAUUUUCAACUGCGUCCAUCAUGCACCUCUGCGCCAUAUCGCUGGACCGGUAUGUAGCAAUACGUAAUCCUAUUGAGCACAGCCGGUUCAAUUCGCGGACUAAGGCCAUCAUGAAGAUUGCCAUCGUUUGGGCAAUAUCAAUAGGUGUUUCAGUUCCUAUCCCUGUGAUUGGACUGAGGGACGAAAGCAAAGUGUUCAUGAAUAACACCACGUGCGUGCUCAACGACCCGAACUUCGUUCUCAUCGGGUCCUUCGUGGCAUUCUUCAUCCCGUUGACGAUUAUGGUGAUCACCUACUUCUUAACGAUCUACGUCCUACGCCGUCAAACUCUGAUGCUACUUCGAGGUCACACCGAGGAAGACCUGCCUGAAAUUAGCCUGAAUUUUCUGAAGUGCUGCUGCAAGAAGAAUGCUGGUGAUGAAGAGAACGCUGAGAACCCCAACCCAGAUCAGAAGCCGCGUCGAAAGAAGAAAGAAAGGCGUCCUAGAGGCACCAUGCAAGCUAUCAACAAUGAAAAGAAAGCGUCCAAAGUCCUUGGCAUUGUAUUCUUUGUCUUUCUGAUCAUGUGGUGCCCGUUUUUCAUCACUAAUAUCCUGUCUGUUCUUUGUGGGAAGGCCUGUAACCAAAAACUGAUGGAGAAGCUUCUCAAUGUGUUUGUUUGGAUUGGCUAUGUGUGUUCAGGCAUCAAUCCUCUGGUUUAUACUCUUUUCAACAAGGUGUACCGAAGGGCUUUCUCUAAAUAUUUGCGCUGCGAUUAUAAGCCAGACAAAAAGCCUCCUGUCAGACAGAUUCCUCGGGUUGCUGCCACUGCUUUGUCUGGGAGGGAGCUCAAUGUUAACAUUUAUCGACAUACCAACGAACGUGUGGCUAGGAAAGCAAACGACACUGAGCCAGGCAUAGAGAUGCAGGUGGAGAACUUAGAGCUGCCCGUCAAUCCCUCCAAUGUGGUCAGCGAGAGGAUCAGUAGUGUGUAA